UAUUGAGGUUAAUGUUAAUAUUUAUGUUUUCCUACAUAAAGCCGUGUUUACGUUUUUUUCUGGUGAAUUUUCAGCAAUUUUCACAGAGAAUGGCUAGAAAUAAUUUAAUGCACGAAAGGAAUAUUUACCGGCGAGUUCCGGACUUUACUCAGCUGGCCAUAAAGUUCCCGGAAUUCCUCAAAGUUUGCUCAUUGGACUUGAAUGGGACAGCUCAUGUGGAUUUUAAGAAUCCAGAUACCUUGAGAAUUCUCACCAAAUGCCUCCUGAAGCAGGACUUUCAGUUGGAUGUGGAAAUUCCACCGGGAAAAUUGGUGCCAACAUUGCCACUGCGCCUAAACUACAUCCUCUGGAUUGAAGAUAUCAUGGAAAAGAUGGGGAUUGCGGUACCUGUUGGCAUGGAUAUUGGGUGUGGAGCAUCAUGUGUGUAUCCCUUGCUAGCAGCCAAGUGGAAGGGAUGGCAAAUGUUUGGCACAGACAUCACAGAUGAGAUUGCAAAGAGUGCCAGGGAGAAUGUGUCGAGGAAUCAAUUGGAGGAGAAAAUCCACAUAAUACAGCAGGAAGAAAAUGCCCCAAUUUUCACAGAGGUCCUCCAGAAUAGGGAGAGUCUCCAUUUCUGCAUGUGCAAUCCUCCCUUCUUUGAUGACACCACCACAUCUCCGGAAAAUCGAACUGGCCGCAGAGCUGCACCACGGAAUGCCCCAACGGGGAAUUCCACGGAAUUAGCAUGUUCCGGCGGGGAAGUAGCCUUCAUUGAGCGUAUCCUGGAGGAGAGUAUCAAGGUCAGCGAUAGAGUAUCCAUCUUCACCACAAUGAUUGGCAUAAAGCACGAUCUGGGUGUGCUGGUGAAGAAGCUCCGCCACAAGGGCAUCACAAACUACAUUGAGACCCAUUUUUGUCAGGGAAAUACCACCCGAUGGGGCUUAGCGUGGACUUUCCGAGAAGAUUUACUCCUCCGCCGUGUUCCAUGCAUAAAUCCCUCUCCCAGCGACAGCAACAGGAAAUCCGUGAAUUUUUCCCUGUCGAACACAAGCGAGGAAUCCGUGAGAUUCAUCAUUGAGAAGCUCAAGAGAAUCUUCAGGGAUCUGGAGGCGGCAAUUGAAGUUCUGGAGGAGAGCACGAGCAGGGUGGAUUGGAUAGUUAGAGCUCACACAAACACAUGGUCCCAUCAGCGAAGGAAAAGACGACAAAUGCUCCAGAAUGAACCCAGUGCCACCACUUCGCCGGAAAGGAAGAAGAUCCGCCUGGAUGACAAGCCAAUCCUCGUGGCUGAAGUCUUUCUCACCCCCCGCGACAAUCAAGUAAAGCUGGAACUGAUGUAUCUCAACGGGGAACUAGGAAGGGAUGGGAUUCACCAGGUGUUGCAGUACAUCAUCAACAAUUGGCGAAGAACAGACCAGAAAACUCCCGUCAGGACAGAGGAGCAAAAUGAAGAGGAUCUGGAGACGAUUUCAAAGCAGGAGUUGGGAUCUUAGAGAAUUCUCUUUCACUGGGAUUUACUCCUGUUUCUCCUGGGAAGAAUAUCAAUUAUUUCAAUGAAUAAAAUUGCAUAUUUGGUUAAAAAA